CCUCAAACUCUACUGAAGACCUACAAAUGGCGAACGGCAGCACCCAUGGGUGGCCGGGACGCCGAGAGGGGGGCGGGGUCCCCGGGCACCCGGCGUUGGACCCGCUUGCAAGGAUGGAAACGUUCCUACAGCCACCCCGAAUCUGGUGGCCCCCAUGAUGCCGUUGGCAAGGGCAGCUCCAAUUUGGGGGCACCCAAAGCCAGCACCCGGAGGUCCCUCUUCCAACGAGCAUUUUCAGCUCCCUCCAAGGGACCCAAGGAGCCCCGGGGACCCGAGGGUGGCAAGGCCACCCUGCAGAAGUACCUGCGCUCCAUGGCCAAGAGGAAGGGUCCAGUGGAGAGCGGUGGAAGGGCUGAGCAGGUGCUCCACGAUCUGGCACUGAGCCUGUGGGUGUACGAAGCUGGGGACCUGCCACCUCGGCGGCGUCUCCGUUGUCACCUCCACCUGGACGGCACCCUCUUCGCUCGUACCACUGCCAAGGUGGCCGGGCCUGAUGGCGAGCUCUUUUGGGGUGAACUCUUCCAGUUGGCCGCCCUACCACCCGCCCGUGCCCUCACCCUCGCCCUUUGCCGUGAUGACCACCCUGGGCAACCGGUGGCCUCCAUCACCGUCCCCUUGGCCGAGUUGGCGGCUGCCCGGCAGCCCUUGGAGCGCUGGUACCCGUUGAGCAGUGCUGGGGGAAGCGAACGGGUGCCGUCGGUGAGGGUGCGCGGGCGCUACCGGGAGGUGCGGGUGCUGCCCAUCGUACGCUACAAGGAGUUGGCUGAGUUCAUCACCUUCCAUUACCGGGAGUUGUGUGCCCGUCUGGAGCCCACCAUCGCCGUACGGCACAAGGAGGAGCUGGCUGGUGCUCUGGUCCACGUCUUGCAGAGCACCGGGAAGGCCAAGGUGGAGCGGGGUGCUGGCCAUGGGGGAUGUGGGGAGGGUGGGUGA